CCUCAAACAUUCCAGCUGUCUUCAACCAGCUGCCUCAUUAGCCCACUGCACUUCAGUGUCAGCUAAGGAAAAAAGGAAAGGUCCCCUGUGUAAGCACCAGUCGUUCCCGACUCUGGGGUGACGUUGUGGCUACCUGAAAACCCAGCUUCCACCUGGGAUCGAACUCAAGUCGUGAGCAGAGCUUAGGACUGCAGUACUGUAGUUUUAAUACUCUGCGCCACGGGGCUCCUUGGUGUCAGUUCAACAGGUACUCCAGGUUCCCUGGAGGCAUUUUCGUGUUAAGAAAAAUUGCUGAUUUUCUACUCGCGUUCCGCGGAGACAGACUAAUCGGAAGCUGCCUAAGAGCCUCAUUAGCUCAUGAGUAACGAGGGGGGGGGGGAUCUCUAAUAUUUUCCGCGUCCCUCCACAUCGUUUCUCCUUUAAGUUUGUCUAAUUUGAAUAUCACGCGGCGAAGAGGAAAACGAUUGGCUUGCAAAACACUGAAGGAGGCGCAGCUGUUCCAGAAAUGCUUUCAGUUUUCAAUCGGGUUAGAACUUCCAGUGGGUGCCCUCUGUCCAUUCCCCACCCCAAAGCUAUAAAGCUAGGGCACGACGUUACUAGAAGGCAGCGAAACAGAAGUACAAGAAAAUGACGUGGCGUCUUAUGUACAUAUGGAAUAAAUUAAACAAGUUGUCCCCCCCCCCCCCAGCUUUCCUGAACGGGAAUUUGGGUUAUGUUUUUCAGAAGCUCAAAGGCAGCAUAAACACUGUAUUGGUCAUAUACAAUAAAUGCUUUAUUAAAUACGCUCUGGUUAACUGGAGAGAUAUUUGGACGGCUGGGGAGCCCUUAAAUCUCGAGCAUUAGGAUCGCUUCCCUUCCCCCUCGGCCCUACAAAAUUAAACCCGUGGUGGAUAUAAUCUACCAGUGGCAAAAUGAUGGUAAUUCCAGGCACUCAGAGACCUGGGUGGGGGGCUGCAGUGGAAGAAACCUUUCAAGAACAAGUCAACUCAGGGUAACGACUUGAAAGGUAAGGUGAGAACAGAAUCAGAGACCCUAGACAAGAAUUGCUUUCUGCAAAUAAAAAUGGUAUAGAAUGUGGGACCCGAAGUGGGGAGUAAGAUGAGUAACUCGCACAGCCCGAAAGGUGUGCGUUGCAAGCGCAAUAAUUUAUUUAUUUUUUAAAAAAAAUACUUUUAACUUCUGCCUGCACUGAAGGGCAGUUGCCCGAGCAUUCCCUCUCCAUCUACAGGGGGCCAGACUGACGCAUUCAAGCCCGACCCCUCUGCCUUUCCGCACCUUGAGUUUCUUCAGCAAAAGAAUCCGCAUCUUUAAAAGACUGGAAAGGUUUGUCACCUCGUCCUAAGUGCAAAUUUACUGCAAGACCUUCAGAUCUUCCAUAAUGCGGCAAUAUUUACUACAACAAAUCAAGGGUGUAGUUAUUCGUCGGAUGGGGCAAACGUUCAAUAUAUACUCAGUUUCCUGCAAGCGGGUCUUUACACGAGGCUCUUUUUGCGUGGGCGCCAAAUGUCGUUGUCCGAUUGGUUGCAACAGAAUCCUUCUCCCUAUUGGUCUGCCGUCUUUGACCAAUCGCGGAAAACCAAAGUCUCUGGAAAAACGUAUAAAAGAACGUCAAGCGCGCCAAUGUUUAUCUUUCAUCGCUUCGUUGAAAAGAGGAGUUUGAAGAGAGAUGUCUGGGCGCGGGAAAACUGGCGGCAAGGCACGUGCGAAGGCAAAGUCUCGCUCCUCAAGGGCCGGGCUGCAGUUCCCCGUGGGCCGAGUGCAUCGGCUCCUGCGGAAAGGCAGUUAUGCUGAGCGCAUCGGCGCCGGGGCACCAGUGUACUUGGCUGCGGUGCUGGAGUAUUUAACAGCCGAGAUCUUAGAGCUGGCAGGCAACGCGGCCCGGGACAACAAGAAGAGCCGCAUCAUUCCUCGCCACUUGCAGCUAGCCGUGCGCAACGACGAGGAGCUGAACAAAUUGCUGGGCGGCGUGACGAUCGCGCAGGGCGGAGUGUUGCCCAACAUCCAUGCCGUCCUGCUGCCCAAGAAGACCGAAGUGCUGCACAGUGGCGCGGGCGCGAGCAAGCAGGGAGGCAGCGGGACGAGCAAGGCCACCAAGUCUUCGAAGAUGAUAAUGAAGUCAUCUGCCGCCCCCGUGGCCGUUCAGUGAAGCAAGAAUUAGGCCAGCCCCUCCCGUCCUGGGGCAAAUUCUACCAAGACCCAAAGGCUCUUUUCAGAGCCAC